CAGAAGAGAGAAUCUGGCCUCCAACACGUCCCCUGCAGAAGAGCUGGAAAGAAAAUAUCUGCAGCAGCAAAAACUCAAGUGAGAUUGAUCUAACUCUUCUGCAGACUCGUGUGGUUUUAAACAUGGCCGGUGAGAUGCCGCGGUGGGAGAGGAAAGUGCGCGUCUUCCUGUGCGUCUUCGGUUUGGCUCUGUCAGUUUACGCGCUCCACGUCGAGGUGUCCAAAGAGUCGAACCCAGCCUACAGAGCGAUGUGUGACCUGGGGGAGUCGGUGAGCUGCUCCAAAGUCUUCACCUCCAGAUGGGGACGUGGUUUUGGUUUGGUCCAGUUCUUCGUGGCCCAGGACAGUCCUCUGAACCAGCCCAACAGUUUGCUCGGCAUCAUAUUCUACACUCUGCAGAUGGGCCUCGGUCUGUCACUGUCCAGGAAAGCUGCAAAGUUGCUGGUCUUCUUCUCCUGGGUGUCGGUGGCCGGCUCUCUCUACCUGGCGUCCAUUCUCGCCUUCGUCCUCGGGGACUUCUGCAUGGUCUGCGUGUCCACGUACAUCGUCAACUUUGCACUGCUCUUCACCAACGUCAGGCGAAGGAGAGCAAUCGGGGGCAUGAAGGAAAAGGCCGGAUAGAGUGUGUUACUCGUGAAAUUCAAGGCCUCUGCUGAGGUGAAGCCACACUGGAACCGAAUAUUCACCCCCAGAGUAUUUGUGUUUCUCUGAGAAACGGGACUGGUUGUGUGUCUCAUCUCAGCUUGAUACUGGAUAAAGCAAGAGUCACUUUUCUGCUUCAUUUGAUUUUUUGUGUUGCUGAUGCGCACACACACACACCCUUAUGUAUAUUUGAAUAGUGCUGUUUGUCAAAUGUGAUUUUAGUCCACAGAAGCUUUAAAAAAAGCUUUAAUGUACAGUAAAUCAAAUGUUGGUGAAGCAAUACAGAGUCGUACCAGUAGAUGGGGCUACAUGUCAAUUUCUGUUCAUUUAAAAUAACUGAGGGUCUGUUUGUCUUCUUUUUCCUUUGAUGCUGUGAAGGAAAUCUUGAUGGACUCACUCAAAAACGCCACUUUAUUUCUCCUAAGUUUAAAACCUUUUGAUCAACCUCUCAUUUACACUUGGGAAGUUGCAGAUUCUCCACAAAGGGGAGGUGUUAGUUCAGUUUGAUACAUGUCACUCAAGGCUCUUCUUCAGAGGUGCAGCCUUUUCCUGUGGUGGUGCUGUUGAAUGCAGCUUCACACACUCUUUCUAGCAGUGGUGGAGGAAGUACUCAAACAUUUAAUUUAGUAGGUACUUAAAUGUACUAUAAGUAUUGAAAGUGAGAGUAACUUGCAGUGAUGCUGCUCGGUCUAAUGUGACCUGUCUGCUCUUAUUGGAUCAGUGGAACAAGUCCCCCCUCACUAUUGAUUAUGUUAAAAACAUAUUUUCUUUAAAUACGUUCAUGUAACGGUACAUUGUAAGAAAGUACAGGUAUUUGCUGAUUUAAGUGGGAAAAAGUGCCUGAAAACAAAUAUACUUAAGUAAAGAUACAUGAAUAAAUGAACUUUGUUACAUCCCA